AUGGUUGACACAUCUAACACAGCUGGUAUCCCUGCACCUUUAGCUGAAGGACACUCUAUCACUAGACCACAUUUGUUUAAUGGUUCUAAUUGUUCUUUCUGGAAAAUUAGGAUGAGAAACUUUAUUCAAUCUGUUGAUAUUGAAGCAUGGCAAAGAAUUGUUAAAGGUCCUGAAAUUCUAUUAGAAUUACAUGCUGAUGGUUAUAGAGAAAAACUAGAAGAUGAAUAUAAUGAACUUGAUUGGAAGAAAGUUUCUUCAAAUGCUAAAGCUUUAAAUAUUCUUCAUUGUGCACUUGAUGCAACUGAGUAUAAUCAUAUUUCAGGUUGUACAUCUGCAAAAGAAGUGUGGGAUAAACUUGAAGUCACAUAUGAAGAGACUAAUCAAGUGAAGGAAUCAAAAGCCAAUAGGCUUGUUCGAGAAUAUGAACUAUUUAAGAUGAAACCUGGAGAAACCAUUUCAGAAAUGAGCUCAAGAUUUACUGAUUUGGUGAAUGUUCUCAAAGCUCUUGAAAAGGAAUUCACUGAAGAAGAAUUAGUCAAGAAAGUCUUGAGGUCACUACCUAAAUCAUGGGAAACAAAAGUAACAAUGAUCUUUGACACCAAAGACUUCUCCAAAUUCACUUAUGAUCAGCUGAUUGGUUCUCUUAUUGCUCAUGAAAUGCUUUAUGACAAGAGCAAGAGUAAUGUAGAUCAAGAAAAGACAAAGAGAGGAAUUACCUUGAAAUCAAGCCAAGAGGAUGAAUUAAGGAAAACUAUAGCUUUUAAGGCUGCCUCAAGUAACAGCUCCAAAAGUUCAAGUGAUGCUGAUGAUAUUGCCAUGAUUACAAAAAGAUUCAAGAAAGCAUUCAAAGAGGGAGGUUCGAAAUAUAAGAAAUUCCUAAAGAAGUAUUCUCCCAAAGGUGAAACAAGCAAGGAUCAAAGUGAGAUUAAAUGCUUUCAAUGGAACAAACCUGGCCACAUCAAGCCAAAUUAUCCUAAACUGAAAAAGAAGAAUUCAAAGGAUAAGAGCAAGAAAGUUCUGGUUGCUGGUUGGAUGGACAGUGAUAACUCUAGUGACAAGGAGGUUACACACAUUUGUCUCAUGGCUCUAGAAGAGGAUAAACCAAAAAGCUCCCAACAAAGAGAAAUCAACACUGAGGUAAUAAUUCUGACUCUCUUAGCAUUGAAGAUUAUGAAGAUGCAAAGUUUAUAA